AUGGGCAACGUCACCUCAACGAGCAGAAUUGGCACGUCCACAGCCGAGUCCAUCGAGAAGAACCAGCGUCGACCCGAGGAAUUCGAUGCCUGCCAUCGCGUGCUCCGCACGCCCGAGCUGCUCGAGCAAAUCCUCCUCGCCCUCUCGCAGCGUGACAUCCUCGUCACCGCGCAGCGUGUCUGCCUGGCAUGGCUCAGCCAAAUCUCGACCAGCCCAUCCAUCAGACGCUACUUGUUCCUCGUGCCCGAUCACACCCGGUCCAGGAACGAGGCGCAAGACCGGGUUCACAGCAGACUGCUCCUCGACUACUUUCCCGAGCUUAUUAUACACGAGCUGCCGGGCACCAAGGAGGCCAUGGCCGCGAGCCCGAGGCUCCGCGCUCUGGACCCGGCCCUCGAGAUCCAUUUUGCUAACCGCAUCAACGACCCUGACGCGUCCUGGCAGGCGAUGCACGUCGCGCAGCCGCCAGUGAUGCGCAUCGCCCUGUUCGACCUCUUGCGCCACGGCCCAGUCAACCGCCCUCGGGCCAUGAGCGCCAGGUUCCUCGAGUUCCAGGACUACCCCUGGGGCAUGCGCAUGGAGGACUUAUACUUCGCAGCCAUGCUGCGGCUACGGCCGGACAUGGUGACCAUGGCAGGGCAGGAGGAGGACCCAGACGGCCCUGUCCACCACCCGCAGCAGCCGCAGCCCCGUGCCAAGGGCUGCUCACUGUCGUGCGUGCCCGAGCACAUACUCUUCAUGUUCCUGCACUUUCAGAGCGCGGAUGAUCACGACUGGCACAGUGGCAGGGACGACAUGAGCGACGAGGUGAUGAGGAUCGCGAGGGGCGUGGACGCCGUGUUUAUGUUUGACGUCGGUGACGUCGCGGGUACGCAUUUUGAUCUUGCGCUGGGUGGGCGGCCGGGAAGGCAGGAGCGUCUUAUUGCCCAGGCUAUUACGUAUCCGAUGUAUCGUAGGUAGGACGUUGAUGUGUUAACGUCUGCAUCCUUCCAUGGAUCUAGUGUCAUAGAGGAUGAGGCCAUGUAGAAAGCGACCUGAGAGAAGGGUAGAUUUAAGUUUACCACCGGC